UCCCAUUGAAAUGUGCGUUUAUUGACCGCGCAGAGUGGGGGUUUCAGUGUCCGAUCUUACCGACCGUCUAGUGACUUUAGUUUCGCAGUGUUGGCAUUCCGCGUCAGCUGUGUUUUGUGUACGCUGUCAAUAAAUUUGACAUAUCUCUUAAAAAAUCGCCCUAAAAUGAGUAUAACUAUCGAAAAAACGAAAUACGAGUGUGCCACGUUACCUAAACGAUGGCAACGCGAAGACAUGUUGCGAAAAACGGGGCUUUCGGUUGGCAAAGUGGACGUGAUGUACUACAGUCGAGGCGUCCGUAAUGACGCUUCCUUGGUGCCCCCUAUCCGGCAGACGGCCUCUAUUUUUAAGCAGCCGGUCACCGUGUACAAAACACAGGAGAGUAAGGUGAAGUCCGAUUACAAAAAUGGGAAUCAGGAGAAGCCGAAACAGUUGAUUUGGGAGAAGAGGUUGGAGGGGUUGCGGGCGUGUGAUUUAGACGGGACGGAGUUCGAAGCGAUGGAAUUGCCCAAAGGGUUGAAACCCGUGGGGCCGAAUGUGAGUGAAGAGACGAUUAUACAGAGUGUUGCUACGGCUUUGCAUGUGUCUACUCAGCCGGUGACGGGACAAACAGGACCGAAGGCAGCGUUGGAGAAGAAUCCAGGGGUGUUUUUAGAUCCGAAACAGCCUUUGGUCCAAGCGGUGAAUAUCUCAGAUGAGGAUAUUAAAAGGCAAGAGGAUAGGGUGGCUCUGGCGCGGAAAAAGUUGCAAGAGGCUCUAAAGUCGUAGAGUGUAGACAAAUUUUAUUUAUUUAAGGUGUAUCAUGUGACUAGGUUUAAGUUUCUUGUUAAGUGAAAUUUUUUUAUUACAAUAAAGUUAAUUAAGGAUG